AAGAGGAUACAGGUCUAUCCGAGCAAGGAAUACCAGAAUGACACACAGUUCUGUGCUCUCCAUUUGGACCCAAACUGUCCGUACAUGAAAUAAAGAUGGCUGAGUCCUAUCCUCAUCUGUCUAUACUGAUGAGGAAAAAGUGCUUCAAGAAAAAUAAGUCAUGACGAGGGUCACAAGCUAAAGGGUCCUGCUAUAGUGUGCUUCACCUCAGGAUUUAAAUAAUUUGAUUUAAAGAAGGGGUCUACUAGGAGGGAAUCCAUACAACCAAAUCUGUGGCAACUUUGUGUUGCUGGCCAGAGGCCCAAUGUGUUCCUUCUUCCUCAACAAAAAUGUUUGUUCCUCGUCUUACUUCCACAAACAUGAAUCAUGGCUUUCCAAGCCCCCUUGUGAAAGUUGAAGAGAAAGUGUAAGACCUUCCUCUUUUGAUCGAGGUAGAGCGCAGAUCAGUCAUCAGAGACUGCAUUGGUGCGCUUAUGUACACACUUAGCUUCCUACACAGCCAUAGUUAUUGUCCACCACCAUGGUGAGUUAAUGCAAAGCACAAAAGAGGAACUCAAUGCAAAUUCACUCUUAAGUGGCCAGCCUGUGGAGCCAUCCUCACUGUAUCAGAGGCACACUAAAGAGCCACACUAAAGAGCUGGAGCUGUCAGGGAGGAAAGUAGAGCAAUGUUCGGUCCUUCUCCGUCAGUCAUUAUUUUUCAAAGACGCUAUUGAACAAGAGUCACCAAGAUGGCAGCCAACACCUUCUGGUUAAUAGUGACAUGGUUCUUUUUUUCUCUUGUCAUCAAUUUGACUUUGGGGGUUUUUGUCACUAAGGACCUGAAAAAGGUCCCUUGUGAUGUGGACAUCAAUGCUACAACCAACACCGUAGUUUUUAACUGCAUGAGACGUGGCUUGAAGGAGAUACCGGAUGGAAUCUACAGAAAUGUUACUUGGUUAAGCCUGGCAGGGAACAGAAUAAGGCAUUUGUCGGUGGACAGUUUUAGACAUAUGCACAACCUGACUCAUCUGGACCUCAAUUGGAUAAACAGGGAUCAACAUUUACGCUUGGCAGAAGGUGUCUUUAAGAAUCUGACAGUGUUACAGCACUUGAAUCUCUCUGGCGCUGGGCUCCAUGAAGUGCCCAGACAACUCCCAGCAGGUUUGCAGCAUAUUGAUUUAAAUAAAAAUAAAAUCAUAUCACUCUCCCAAAAAAGCUUUUCUGAUAUAAAAGAUGUGACUGAAAUAUUCCUGUCCAGAAACUGUUACAGUGGAAAUGUAUGUAACCAAACAUUCAGAGCUAAAGGCACAACCUUUUCAAACUUGACCCAUCUGGAAACUCUGGUGCUCUCCUAUAACAACAUCUCCCAAGUUCCACGUGGCCUACCAGUAUCUCUCAAAGAGCUUGAUCUUGCUGCCAACAGAAUAGAAAAAAUUUACGAAGACGAUUUCAGCAACUUGGUCAACUUGAAAUUUUUAAGGAUUCAAGGAAACUGUCCACGAUGCCAGAAUGCCCCGUAUCCAUGUGUACCAUGUAAACUUGGAUCCAUUGAUAUUGAUCCACUAGCAUUUAACAGUCUUUCCCGAUUGCAAGUGUUGCAACUAGCAGGAAACUCCCUCCGCACCAUAAAUAGCUCUUGGUUUGAGAAUCUGAGUAAUCUGACCGAUCUCUUCCUCUCGUAUAACUUUCUGUCGGAAGCAAUUGCUGACGGGAGCUUUUUGAUGAAUUUACAUCACCUGAAGAAAUUAGAUUUGUCAUACAACUAUGAUUUAGGUGUUUACCCAGAAAACUUAAGUCUAUCACAACAUUUUUCAACAUUGGUUUCCCUUCACACAUUACAUAUUGAAGGUUAUGUUUUUCAGGAAAUCAAAGAACACACAUUUAGACCACUGCAGAAUUUAACGAAUCUUUCUAUACUUAACCUGGGGGUAAAUUUCAUUGUACAUUCAGACUCCCACGCAUUCAGUCAUCUGCCUAAGUUGAAUCUUUUGUAUCUAUCAGAAAAUAGACUCUAUCCAGUACCUGUAAACAACAAGUCUGCAUCAAAUGCUGUUGUAUCACCAUAUGUUCCAGUAACAGCAAAUUACAUUGAGGAAAGCGAAUUGGUUUAUAAACUGUCACAUCGUCUAAUUAAGCCUGAGUGUUUUAAUACUGGCCGAGUGCUGGAUCUCAGCAGAAACAAUCUUUUCUUUAUUUCUCCUAAGCAAUUUGAAGGAUUUGGUGAUAUCCUCUGCCUCAAUCUCUCAAAAAACGGCUUUUCAGCAGCACCCAAUGGGACUGAGUUCGCCCUGCUCCCAAACCUGACUUACCUGGAUAUGUCAUAUAACAAGGUUGACCCAGCAUAUGACUUUGCCUUCUCUGAGUUGAAGCACCUGGAGGUGUUGGACCUCAGUUACAACAAUCAUUACUUUACAGUGGCCGGAGUGACACAUAAUUUGAUUUUUUUAGAGAAUCUUCCUGCUUUGAGGGUACUGAAUCUAAGCGGCAAUGCUAUCUUCACUUUGACAACCAAACACAUGAACAGCACCUCUCUAAAUGAGUUGCAAUUCCAACACAAUGACCUGAAUCGCAUGUGGACGAAGGACGAUGCCUCCUACCAUAAAUUAUUCACCCAUCUUGUGAAUUUGACUAACCUUGACAUAUCAUAUAAUAACAUAAAGAAGAUACCCUCUGAGGUUUUCAGAAGCUUACCACCUUAUCUUAAAAGACUACAUAUAAGCCAUAACAGUAUCACUAACUUUCAGUGGAGUAACUUAAGUUACCUGCAAAAUCUGGAGGUGCUAGACAUGAGCUAUAAUGAGCUGUCAACAGUCUCUUCAAAUCUCUCAGCAAACACAAAAACUUUGUCAGUGCUUGACUUGAGUCAUAACAGAAUAUCUAAACUGUCAGAAGGAUUCAUACAUGGUGCCAAAAGUCUUCGAUUACUUAAUCUAAGUAAAAACAAGCUCAGUAUACUCAGUGGAAAAACUUUUCCAUCAGGUCCAGAAACCUGCUUGAAAACUUUGCUACUGCAAGGAAAUCCCUUUCAUUGCACAUGCGACUUAUUAGAAUUUAUUUUGUGGAUAGAAAGCAGUGAUGUCAACAUCCCCAGGCUUGCUACCAGCGUAACUUGCCACAUGCCAGAAGAAAGGAAAGGCCAUGCAGUCAUACUCUUUGAUAUAAAUGAAUGCGUGAAUGACAGUGAGGCGUUCCUGUUCUACUUCCUGUCCACUCUCUUCAUUCUUCUGACUUCAUGCACUGCUACCACUAUGCACUUGUUUUACUGGGACGCUUCCUAUGUUCUGUUCUUCAUUAAGGCCAAACUUAGGGGCUAUCAUCCACUCAAAUCGUCAGAUAGCAUUUAUGACGCCUUUGUUUCAUACGAUACUAAGAACCCUCUAGUCUCAGACUGGGUGUUAAACCAUCUCCGGGUCCAGCUGGAGGAGACGGGUGACAAACACUCACCUAUCUGCUUAGAGGAGCGAGACUGGACCCCUGGGAUGCCAGUUCUGGACAAUCUAACGCAAAGCAUCUUUCACAGCCGCAAGACUGUUUUUGUGCUGACUGAGUCUUAUGUGAACAGUGGGAACUUCAGGAUGGCUGUGUACCUGGCCCACCAGAGGCUGCUGGAUGAGAACAUGGAUGUGAUCGUGCUGCUGCUGCUGGAGCCGGUGCUGCAGAACUCCCACUUCCUGCGUCUGAGGAGGAGACUGUGCAAGAAUAGCAUCUUGGAAUGGCCAAAGAAUCCUUCAGCUGAGCCCUGGUUCUGGCAGUGUCUCAGGAAUGCCAUUCAUGUGGACAACCAGGCCAUGUACAAUAAGAUGUAUGCUCGUUACUUCAGUGACAAAGCCACUGGAAAAAAGCGUUACUAAACCAAAUUGUUUCCCUUGAUUCUGGCUAUGAUCAUAAUUGUGUGUACGUCUCUUAAUAAAAUGUGAUUAAAUAGAAGUGUUUUUUA